GUAUUUUUAUAUACUCGAAUAGGUAUCAGGCUGAGAAAGGGUAGAUAAAAAAAAAUGAAAUAUUCUUGGAUAAUUUUAACAUAUAUACUAUUACUAGGAAUUGAAGAAUUACAUGCAUUUAAAUUAAAGAAAAACUGUACACUACUUCCUAGGAGUGCAGCGAAGAAAGAAAUAUGUAUGAGAGAUUUGGGUUGCUUUCAGAUCACGUCUGAUUUCGUCAAUGACAAGAAAAGACCUUUCAAUGUUUUGCCUAAAGAUAGACGUAUUAUCAAUACUCAGUUUUUACUAUUUACCAGGAAUAACCCUAAUAAAAGUUAUGAUUUAGUAAGUGAUGACGAAAAAUCUUUAAAAAAUGCACCCUUGGAUACCUCUGUAACUACUAUAUUCAUCGUUCAUGGAUUUUUGGAUAUGCAAUAUUUUGUUUCGUGGAUGAAUAUUUUGAAAGACGAAAUUUUGAAAAAUAGUAAUUACAAUGUAAUUAUUGUGGACUGGAGUGGUGGAAAUCAGCUUCCUUAUACUCAAGCUACUGCCAAUACACGAGUCGUAGGUGCCGAAAUAGCAUUUUUAAUUGGAAAAAUGAAAAGAGUAGUUGGGUUGCAUCCCCAAUCUUGUCACAUAGUUGGACAUAGUUUAGGUGCCCACAUUGCUGGAUAUGCUGGCGAAAGAUUGGAACAUUUAGGACGAAUAACUGCUCUAGAUCCUGCUGCUCCAUAUUUUGAAGGAAUGCCAACUUCUGUAAGGAUUGAUCCUUCUGAUGCGAAAUUUGUAGAUGCAAUUCAUACAGACUUGAAUAGCUUUGUUAUAUCAGGUUUAGGAAUGAGCGAUCCUGUCGGGCAUGUCGAUUUCUAUCCUAAUAAUGGAAGAGAUCAGCCAGGAUGUAAAACAAGUCAUCGAUUAAUAUCAAUAAUUACUGAUGGUUUCAUCGAAGGUAUAAGAAAGGCUGUAAGUUGCAGUCAUCAACGAGCAGUAGAUUUCUUCACCGCAUCUAUUAACCAGCGUGACUGUUUAUUCACUGCAUUUCCAUGUUCAAAUUGGACUGAUUUUACGGAAGGAAAAUGUUCAACUUGUGGACCGUAUGGAAGAGAUUGUGCUGUAAUGGGUUUUCUAGCAGAAGAACAUAAACCUGCCAAUCUUCUAAAUACCACGUUCUUUCUUAAAACUCAAGAUCACGAACCUUUCUGUGUAUACCAUUAUCAAGUUGAUAUUUAUCUGCAAGAUGGCGAAGAUAAGGAACUAGAAGGAAAAAUUAAACUGAUUUUAGGGCAUGAUUUUGGAGAAGAAGUUACUGUUAAUUUCAAUGAAAAAUACAUACGGCUGGUACCUGGAACGACCAUUACUUCUCUGAUAAUAUCACCUUAUGAAUUACAUCUUCCGGAAACAAUCACUUUCUAUUGGGUAUCAUCAGCAUUUGCUUUCUGGAAUACCCAUACUUUGGGAGUAGACAAAGUUAAAAUUACACCAAUGGAUUUAAUGGAUCAAAUCACUCAAGAUUCUCUGAUUAAGAUCUACUAUCCAAAAAGUAAUACUUUGAACGAAAUGAAGAAUAUCGAAAUGUAUCUGGAAGAUUAAUGAUCAUUAUUGUUAUUGUAAAUUAGUUUUAUCAAUU